CGUCGCCGUCGCCGACGUCGUCGCUGCAAUGCGACAUUCGACCAUAAUAUACACGACACACACGCUUUCUCGGCCGCCACAAGCGUGCGGAACGCUCAUCGUGAGCUCGUCUGUCGCGCCGCGCCGCGUCUCCCGUCUAUCUCUUUGUUCCCGCCCGUCUCUUGCGUACGGUCGUUGUCUCUCGCUCGAAUCGAUACAUAUAUAUACACAUAUAUAUGUAAUUCGAUGUCGAUCGACGAAGAAGUCGGCGACCGAGGAGACAGAAGGAGCGAAUCGCGCCGGCAGUCAGCGAGCCGAUACGAUUCCGCCGUCGUCUCUGACCGUCUCUGUGGAUCCCCUCUAUCCGUCGGGAAUUCGCCGGGGAAUCCCCGCGGCAGUGGUCCCGAGUGCAUUCCAGCAGGGGAAAAUAUUCCGAGGCGAAAGAAAUUCGGCCGGUGAGGAAUUCUUUGCGGGACGGAUCGCUUCGUGCCUGCAUCGAAUAUCCGAUUGAUUUCAGUGACAGCGAUUGUCCUUCAGCGAUUUCCGUUCGCGUAGCCGAGGGAGAAAAGCGGGUCGAUUCAUCGAAUAUUUCAUGGAAUGUCAAUCACGCGGAGAAUUCCGCUCGUGUCGACAAACACGUGGAAGAUCUUCGAGGCGGCGUCGUUGCAAUAAAUACAUGGGUGAGAGCAAAGGAGAAAGAUCCAGAGAAGGGAACCGCAGUGAAUAUAACUACUUCAAGGGCUCGGUUCUAUAAAAAUCCAGCUGCAUCGAGAAGCACGAGGAGAAUCCUUCUAGGGGACAGCCGUGAGAUAAAAAAAAAAAGAAAAGAAAAAAAAAGUACACUCUCAAAGAAGAACGAAGAAAUGAAGGAGGGAAUGCAGUGAACGUUCUUUGAAGUAUUUGGUCCUGCAUCCAAGGAGAUUCGAGAACCAACCAACAUCGUUUAAAUUAUUUACAACCUUCUUGAGAGACUUAAUUUUCUUUUCGUAAAUCACAAGUAGAGCAAUUAAAGGAUAUUUAACCGUUGAGGAUCUGACGAUUGUUUAAUUGAAUUUAUCUGAAAAAUUGCUGCAGGUCUAAUUACGUUGAGCAUCUACGAAAAUCCUUGAAAAUCCGACUGCGUUUUGAAGACUCCGAAAUCAUUCGAUUUACUUUGAGGAGAGGAGCUUAUUCGAAUGUAUCUCGGAAAAUUGUGUAGACACACAACUUUUUACCGAGAAACGUAUCUUGAGAAAGACAUAUCUUGAGCCCUCCGUUUGAUCGAGGAGGGAGAUUGCACCGGAUAUUCGAUGCAUUACGUAACAUCCACAACAAACAGCCGCGAAAACAAAGGAGCCGCGAGGAAACGAGCUUCGGGCUUCGAUUGAUCACUCUCCUGUCGUUCGUCGACGUGAGAAAGAUCUUUCCGUUGCAGCGUCUCUCUCGGAGGAGAGGGCGAAGAGCGAAACGAGCGGCGGAAAGCGAAACGAUCUGACACGGCAAGACACCAAGACAACACAACACUGACGACGACGAAGUCGAAGACGACAACACGCCGCGAAGGUCGAACCCACGUGACACGACGUUUAGCCGGCGCUACCAAAUAUUGUGGCUGCGCGAUACAAUUCGUGACGUUUGGAAGACGUCAGACUUGAUACGUGAGACGCGUGGUCGCGUGUUGUGUCGAGGAACUCGAAGACGUAAUCGCUGCAAGCUGCGAUUCCUAAUCUCUCCAAUCGAACUUACGCGCGGAGGAUGACAAGCGCUUGUGAAGCGAAAAAGUGAGUGUUUUAUCACGAACGGGAGAUACUUAAAUGGUCCUCAAGUUUCUAUCUCACGGAUAAGGGACAUAAGCGGAGGCCGACGAAAAUGAAAAUGGCUCCCGCAGGGACACCUUCAUCAAAUGGAAGUUUGCCACCGCCUGUAGGGCCCACACUGACCGGCACGUCGUUUGCCAAUUAUAAAAGAACCUGGUGGAGGAGAGUAGCUCCCUGCUUGGCUUUUCUUGCCGCCUUUUCCACCGCCAUGGUUCUGCUUCUUGUCUGGAGCGAGGCUGCGGCUUUGAGGAGACAGGCGUUCGACGCGAACAUGACCAGAGAUUACGUGCUGGACAGCGUUUCGAUGGACAAUCCGCAAUUGGUGGCGUACAUACGGCAAGUGCAUCUGAAACCGACUACCCAUCAGGACCCGUUGAAUGCCAAUCAGACGUCAGAGGAGAAGUACGUGGCCUCCUUGUCGCAGGGAAAACGCGAGGGUAUCUACGCAGAGUACAUCAGCAGGAUAGGUGCGAUUUCCAGCACCGCUUGGUUGGAGUCUAAUCUGAACUGGCGCGGUGUCUUGAUACUUACCGAGCCCAAGAGCUUCUUCGAAGCGCAACGAAGUACCAGACACCCGCGAUCGAGGGUCCUCCAUGCCUGUCUCAGCACGGACACGGAUACCAAAGAGAUAAAGUACCAUCAGGAAUCGGAGGUCCAGGUCACCAAGCUAGGCGACGGUCCUAACAGCCUCGUGUCGUCGGACGACGGUUUUCCUACCACUAGACUCAAGUGCUUUCCUCUCUACAGCGUGCUGUUAGCGUACAAUGCCACGAUCUUGGAUUACUUAAGUCUUGACAGUCCUGACGCUCCCGAUGGUCAGGUACUCGACACCAUCCCGUGGGACAUCAUAAAAAUAUCGAUAUUGUCGAUACGAUGGAGUCCUCAUCACAGCGAGGCGGAGACAAAGAGCUUCCUCGACAAGAUGACCAGCCGGAGGUACAAGCUCGUACAUACGACAGACACUGGAAAGUCGAUUUUCUUGUACGACACUCUCCUUAAAAUUUGACUCAGGUUAUAGACUGGUCUGUAUACAUAUAUAUAUGUAUAAAAUAAUUUCAGCGACUCGAGAUAACCCACCUUACCUCUGAUCCAUUCUUAAUAUUUUAUUUUACUGCCUGGAAAUAUUUCUUUCAUUCGAAGCGCGAUAUCACGUAGAGGGAUAACUCGUUGCGAUAUCAAGAAUCCCAGAUGUAAUCAACCGCGAAAUUCGUUCUGCGCCGAAUUCCCCAGUUUGUUAGUCUCUUCCUGUCGCGAACAUCAUCAAGAAUAAAACACGUCGCUUUCACAAUUCAUAGAACAAUGUUUAUCCGCGACUUCACUGAUAACAAUCGUCGAUCGAAUCUCGAGGGACUAAUGAAUUCAAGAACUAUCGAAAGUACUACGAUCGUAUUUUGAGAAUUUCAACUGUUUAAAGAUGAGAGCCAAAACUAAGUAGUUGAAGAUUUAGGACUUUGAUUUUCAGACUAUUCGAGAAUUCCAAGUUCUAAAUUGAAGUUAAGAACAUUGGAAUCAAAUUUCGAACUGCCAACUUCAAGUGAUUUGAACUUGAGAUUUGAGCUUCAAAGUGUCUUAGAUCGAUCAUGUAACUUUUUUUUUAGAGC